UUCCGACGAAAACAAAUAAAACAUGGGUUUGCCUUGGCAAGGAGCCAGGUACAGGAUAUUCUUCGGUUCAGGGCUUCUCCACUGUAAAUAGUUUUUGGAGGUGCUCAAAGUUGCGGUACUUUGAAAAGAAAUGAGUUGUCUGCUGUUUCAAUGUUUGAGUUUCUUGAAGGAGAUUUGGCCUUACCUCAUGUCAAAGUCCUAUGCUGCAAUAGUUGGAGGAGCUGCAGGGGUGGCACUUGUUGCACUUUCCCUUGUAUUGUGGUUCUGCAAAUCACAUUGUAAGAAAUUUUCAAACAAGAACUCAGAGACAGGUUCUUCAGAUCCACAUGCAUCUGCACUAGAGGAGUGGAAUAGGGGAGGUGGAUCAAGUUCAGCCCCUAGCCACCCUUUAUUUGGAUCACAAGGAGCCAGGCAGUUCACAAUGGAUGAGUUGGAGCAAGCUACCAAGGAAUUUAGUGAAAGUAAUCUAAUUGGAUAUGGUAGUUUUGGGUCAGUAUAUAAAGGUUUGCUUCAUGAUACUAUUGUAGCCAUCAAAAGGCGUCGGGGUGCUCCUCGAGAGGACUUUGUCGCAGAGGUACUCUAUCUGUCAGAAAUUCGACAUCGUAAUUUAGUUUCUCUUCUAGGUUACAGCCAAGAAAGAGGAUCACAAAUGUUGGUCUUUGAAUAUAUACCCAAUGGCAAUAUGUGCAAUCACUUGUAUGAUACAGGAUUGAAAACAUCAACUAAACUAGAGUUCAAGCAGAGGUUGUCCAUAGCUCAGGGAGCAGCUAAAGGUUUAUGCCAUUUGCAUGGCCUAAACCCUCCCUUGCUACACAAGAACUUCAAAACAGCUAAUGUCCUGGUUGAUGAGAACUUCAUUGUAAAGGUUGCAGAAGCAGGGAUCUCAAAACUGCUUGAAACUAUAGAAGAAGCAGGUCCAUCUCACACAUCUGGUGUAAAUGUUUUCCAAGAUCCAGAGGUAGGAGUAUCAGGGAACUUCACUGAAAUGAGUGACGUUUACAGCUUUGGGGUGUUCCUUCUGGAGCUUAUAACUGGACAGGAAGCAAUGCAUCUUGGCUUCCUAGGAUCAGAUGAAAGCUUAAUUGAGUGGGUGGCUUCUCGAUUGAACUCAAACAAUUUUGUGGACCGUCGACUCGUGGGGAGUUUCACUACAGAUGGAAUCAGGGAUUUGAUCAGACUGAUGCUACGUUGCAUGAGUUUUCCAGGACUAGAGAGACCAAAGAUGGAAAUGGCUGUGGUUGAACUAGAACGGAUUCAAGAGAAAGAGAUGGCACUAACAACUGUCAUGGGUGAGGGCAUUGCUACAUUUAUUAAAGGCAGUGAGCUAUUUACUUCAAAAUGAAACCAAUAGUUAAAGAAUUGUUUUGUGUGUUA